AUGGUCGCUUGCGAGAUGCGAGAUCUGCCGCUCAGGGUGAAUGAAGUGGUCUUUAGGCCCUUUCGAUACAUCAAGAGCCCGCAGGAAGGGUCUGAUAUCUGGGAUGCGUGGUCUCAAGCAGGGAAGUACGACUUCUUAUUGGAACGUCUGCACUUCUUGCAGGAAGAAGCUUUCGUAUUGGGAGCAUCAACAUCAGGUCAGUCCAUCAUUGCUGUCAAAUGUCUUCCACCAAAGCCACGUCAUGCUAACCGUCAUGUUAUAGCUCUGGAGCAGCUCGCGAAAGACGUGUCCGAGCAGUAUCCCGACAGCUGCAUCAGCGAUCUUCUCACUCGGAUCUCCAAGUACGAGGACGAAGAUUAUGUGCCUCUGAAGGACAUCAUGGGAAAUCCAUCAUCGAUGACAUACCAUGAUCGUGAAGUCCUUCAGGCUUGUCUUCCAAGUCUGACUUCGCAGGCAGACUUUUCAGAACGGCUCAAAUCACGAAGCUGCUGUGUGGAUAUCCUCGGUUUUGGCCCUGCGCUCAAGCUUAGUAGAUUCCGCACCAACAUACCCCGAAGAAACCGCGGAUUCAGCAUCUUGGAUCGGCUCAUGAAGAAUUGGUACGAAACCAGUCCUCAUGAUGAGCGUGAGAGGCAGUCCAUAGAGCAGCUGAGUCUUCUGAAACUCGAUCAUAUGCGAUCAACAAUCGCUACUACGCUAUGGCAGCCCUGGGCCUUACCUACUGAAUACCAAUUGAUCGAAGUACGAGACCUUUUUGAAGCUCCACGCCCAGACACAUGGUACAACUUCGAAGUCUCUCUACCUGAUCUAAGAUACUUCCAAUCAGCCACAUCCCAGGCGAUACGAUUCCUGGACGCACUACAGCCUCAGUAUCGUAAUCAGAUGCGGAAUGUCAAGAUACUGGAAGAAGAGAAGUCUGUCGCCCUUCCAGAAUGUCACCUACGAGGGAUACUAGCUACCUGCGAUGCGGUUCCGCAAUUAUCGGUGGAUAGAUAUGUCGACCUCUGGCGGUGCGUGUAA